UUACUACUAAUCAUUCAAAUUGAAAAAAAUCCUUUUUAGUUUUUGAAAUUCAAUUAUCUCGUUUUUAGAUUUAAUGGCGGGUGCAGAAAUAUCUGUUAAUGGAAACUUCGUGAGUCGUGACUGGAUACGUUGUCCUCAUUAUUAAACCACGACGAUUAAGUUUCCACUAUCAAUUUAUAUGAUUUUGUUCCCAGAAAGUUACUCGGAAUGACGAUUGCUUGAGAACUUCGUGAGCUAUGGUUAAGUGCUGCAGAUUAUUUGUUUAACCAGAAAUCGUAAGCUUGGCUAAAAUUGGAAGAUAGAACUGUGAUGAAAUUUAUUUCAUGAAGCGUUCAAAGUUUCCGGAUUCCUUAUCUCGAGCUAAGGAGCGGGCCGAAGACUACGGUGCCAUGAAGGAGGUCAAGUUGGUGACUGCUUCUGUUCAUUUCUCUGGAUUUAAAAAGAGCACCACGAAGCUGGUGUCGGAUGCUAAGGACAUCCGCAUAACUGUCAACAAGACGGACGGGGAAGAGGUGAUGGCUGACUCCGGAGCUCCAGUAGACAGGGGAGCAUGGGACAACAAACUGGAGUUUCUGCUGUCGUGUCUCUCCUUCGCUGUUGGUCUGGGCAACAUUUGGCGCUUCCCGUAUCUGUGCUACAGGAACGGAGGAGGAGUAUUCCUGAUACCGUACGUAGCGAUGCUGCUCACCACGGGCCUGCCGCUGUUCUUCUUCGAGCUCUGCCUGGGCCAGUUCGGCCAAGAAGGCCCACUCACCAUCUGGAAGAUCUGUCCUCUCUUUACCGGCCUCGGCUUAAGCAUGGUGAUGGUGGCGUUCUUCAUCGGCCUUUAUUACAAUGUGAUCAUCGCGUGGGCGUUCUUCUACCUCUUCUCUUCGUUCACGGCCAGCCUGCCUUGGGCUUCAUGCGACCAUUGGUGGAAUACUGAGGCCUGCAGAAGGUUUGAUAGCAAAAACUGCACACUGCACGACGGCCUGAUGGCCAUGAACGGCAGCUGCUACUACAGGGACGAAGUGACGCCCGAACAGUGGCGUCACCUCAACGCCACGUUCAUGCAGAGCAAACUGCCUGCUGAUGAGUACUUCCACAACUUCAUGCUGGACAUCUCGGAGGGCUUCCACGAGGAAGACGGCCACCACCUACAGUGGCACCUGAGCCUGUGCCUCAUCUUAGCUUGGGUCGUGGUUUUCCUGGGGCUCUUCAGGGGGGUCUCCGGCAUGGGCAAGGCGGUAUACUUCACGGCGCUGUUCCCGUACUGCGUGCUGCUCAUACUCUUCGCACGAGCGGUCACACUGGACGGCUACUCUAAUGGCAUCGCAUUCUACCUCACGCCCAAGUGGGAGAAGCUACUCGAAGUUAAGGUGUGGGCGGAUGCCGCCAUGCAGAUAUUCUUCUCACUAGGCCCAUGUUGGGGCGGCCUCAUCACGCUAGCUUCGUAUAACAAGUUCAACAACAACUGCCUCAGAGACGCCCUCACCAUCACGGUGGCCAACUGCCUCACGAGCUUCUUCGCUGGCUUCGUCAUCUUCGGCAUCGUCGGCUUCAUGGCGCACGAGAUGGGCGUCCCGGUGGAGGCCGUGGCUGCUCAGGGCGCGGGCCUGGCGUUCAUCGCGUAUCCCGAGGCGGUGGCGCGGCUACCCAUCUCGCCGCUGUGGGCUAUCCUGUUCUUCGUGAUGCUCCUCACGCUGGGCCUGGGCUCGCAGUUCACCAUCGUGCAGACCGUCAUCACUUCCGUCGUCGACGUCUUCGAACUCAGAGAACAUUACAUGAAAGUGUGCGUCGGUAUGUGUGUUGUGGGCUGCUCUCUGGGCCUCUCGAUGUGCACUAAGCACGGCAUGUACAUCCUUCAGCUGCUAGACGACUACUCGGGCACCUACAGCGCCCUCAUGAUAGGUGCCAUCGAGUUGACGGUUGUAUGCUGGGUGUACGGAAUCGACAAUUUUAUGGAAGAUAUCAAGAAGAUGCUCGGCGACUACCCCACCCUAAAGUAUUACUGGAAAGCUACUUGGUGCUUUCUCACUCCGCUCAGCGUCGUUUUGAUACUGGUAUUCACAUUCGUGGAUUAUUCGCCGUCUUCCUACGGCCACUACGCCUACCCGACGUGGGCUAACGUCCUCGGCUGGUCGAUUUCAUUCACGUGCAUCGCAGCCAUACCCAUCAGGGCCGUGAUCCUCGUCUCGACCAAGAGUGGACCGGUCUGGGCGCGCAUCACGGCUCUGUGCCGGCCAACCGCCGGCUGGGGGCCGCCCGACGGACACAAAGACGGCCGCGAACUGCCCCCGAUCGACUCGCGGACACCACUUGCACUGGAGGACGAGGAGUACGAGAUGGAGCCUGAGUCGUCCUCUCAGCGAGCUACGAGGAACUGGUCAGCUCAGGCGGACGAAGAUGACGAGGAAGAAGAGGAGGAGGAGGAAGACGGCUUGCACAUGAAGCUUGGCUCCAGGAAAUAAGCGCUUGUUGUCCUGAUGAAGACGACUCGGCUCCAAGAAACAAGCCCCUGAUGCCCACGAUUUGAUGGAAAUAUCUUUAUUUUUCGCAAUAUGUCCAAUGAUAUGGAGAAAUAAGCCUUGAUCCUGUUGAAUUCCUCAGUCGUCGGAUAUUUCAAUGACAAGCCAGGCAACGUGACGUUUCAGUGACUCGGAACGUAAUGAGAUAUCAAUCUUGACUCGAUGAAGAAGUUUCACGCGCGGACGAAAGAGUUUCACUCGUCGACAAUUCUUCAGAGAUAAGUGGAAAAGAUGUUGUAAUCCUCUUAUUUGGGACUUUUGAACUAAUAGGCAUCGACCGGUAUUCAUAUAAAUGAGCUCGAUUCUGCUACCAAACGAACAAUGGUUUCCAAUUCUCUUCUGUGUGAAAUGUCUAUAGCGAAAAUUGAGCUCAGAGUGCGACAACUCAACAUUGUAUUCAGGCUCUGAAGUGUUCGUAGUAGCCGCGGAACUUCAAAAAUCCUCUAUUGAUCUCUGUACUCCACAGUAUAGUUCAUGAUAAUUUUUUAGUGUGAUUUUGGUCGGUUGGCGUGCAAGAAGCACAUUAGUGGAAAAUUGUUAUAAUGUUUGGACUUGUGUCUGCUGAAAGUUGUCUAUAGGAAUAAACGAAGUGUUGAUAGUGUUUUAACGUGGUAAUUGUUCCUACUAUUGUGUCGGUAGUUUAUUAAUUUGUUUUGAUUGAUGAAUUGUUAUGGUUUUGCUCAUGCCUUGAUAAUGGCUCGAGUUUAUCUAAUUGUUGCGAAUGUUCAAGUUAAAAUUAUUGAAUUGCGCGUAAAUUAAUAUUUUUCUGUAGCAAGGCGAAGGAGAAAUUUAGAACGAUACCAUAGAAUCGAAUCAAAUUUUUUAUAUUUUAAUUAUUAAGCUGAA